GCAGCAGCUGCGGUUCCUCCCCUCAGGUCUGGAGCCCGGGCGGGCGCACUCUCCAGUCUGGCAGUGACACAGGGCAGUGCAGCAGCAGCGGCCUCCCCCAGGCAUGGCACAGGGCUCCAGCUCACUAUGGCAGCAGCGCGACAAAACACCCUCGACUUCCAGCUCGGUGGCACAGACGGAAGUGCCAUUAUCCAGGCGCUGCAGCCCUUGUUUCAAGAGCAUGGAAUGACAGAGACUGUACAUAGCUGGGCAGACCAUGGGUACCUGGCCACAUACACUGCGAAUGACGGGAGUUUUGCUACUGUGAGAAUCUAUCCUCAUGGCUUAGUGCUGCUCGAUCUGCAAAGCCUUGAUGAGCCGGACAAGAAUGAUUCUGUUCAGCAUCUACUUGACGAGGUUGAGGAGAAAAUGAAAGAAAUUUUGCACAACAGUAUCUCACAAGUGAAAAGAUUGCCGACCAUCGUUCGAGGAGCAAAAGUUGACAGAUACUGGCCCACGGCUGACGGGCGUUUAGUGGAGUACGACAUAGAUGAAAUAGUUUACAGUAAAGACUCAUCUUAUCAGAACAUCAAAAUUCUCCACUCUAAGCAGUUUGGAAAUAUUCUCAUCCUGAAUGGAGAUGUUAACUUAGCAGAAAGUGAUCUAGCGUACACCCAUGCCAUAAUGGGCAGUGGCAAGGAGGACUACUGUGGGAAAGAAGUAUUAAUUCUUGGAGGAGGUGAUGGCGGCAUACUGUAUGAACUCGUCAAACUGAAACCAAAGAUGGUUACUAUGGUGGAGAUAGACCAAAUGGUGAUCGAUGGAUGUAGACAACAUAUGCGAAAAACAUGUGGUGAUGUACUAGACAAUCUGAAAGGAGACUGUUAUCAGGUUUUGGUUGAGGACUGUGUCCCAGUACUGAAGAUGUAUGCCAAAGAAGGGCGAACCUUUGAUUACGUGAUUAAUGACCUUACUGCUGUCCCCAUCUCCACUUCUCCAGAAGAAGAUUCUACUUGGGAAUUUUUGAGACUGAUCUUGGAUCUUUGUAUGAAAGUCUUGAAACACGAUGGGAAAUACUUCACUCAGGGAAACUGUGUAAACCUGACUGAGGCUCUGACGCUCUAUGAAGAGCAGCUGAACGUGCUUUAUUGCCCGGUGGAGUUCUCCAAGGAGAUUGUGUGCGUUCCCUCCUAUAUGGAGCUAUGGGUGUUUUACAGUGUAUGGAAGAAAAGCAGUUCCUAAGCAGUCUACAGAUCCAGCUCUUCCACGCUGCAUAGAGCAUAUUAGGCUUAGCACCUGCUGCAUGUGGGCAUUGUGAAAACGUUAAGUUAUACUCUGUAGAUAAUCUUAAGAAAGAUUAGUUCAAGUGUAUGUGGUGACAAAAAAAAAAAAGAAUGGAUUUAAAAAUAGUUUUUUAUGAACUGGUAUGAUGUUACUUUAAUCUUGUAUUGUGUUAUGCGUUUUUUCUUUCUUUCUUUUUAUUGAAAAGUCAGAUUGGAGAUUGUUAGCAAGCUAUAAGCUGCUUAAUGCACUGAACCUAAAGAAUGUGAUUUAUUUUUUAUUUUUAAGAUUUGUGUGUCAUUAGAUGCCUAGUAUUUUCAGCCGAUCUUUAAGAAAUGAUAUUGUGUGUAAACUGUCUACAGUAUAUACACAUGGAGAGAUGCUACUUCUUCUCAAGUCACAAUAUUACAUGUACGUGUUAACUGUAAGAAAGGGGAUUAUGGCAUUGGUGGGCAAUUAAUGCAACUCUAGCAUGGUCUGGCAGCCGCUGGUUUGUUGCAGUUAUUUUUAGGGUUAAAUGACUUUCCCCUAUUAUUUGACAUAGAGAGAGACUGGCGCUUUCUACAUUGGUCUUAACAUCCUCUGCACCGCCGGAGGAUGCGCUUAAUUUAAGACGAAGCACACAUCUCGUUAUAAAUUAACCGUAUACCCCUGCACUUCAUGCGCCUAAAAUUAAAGGUCAUCUGUCAGCAGAUGUUGACUGAUGAGACUGGCUGACCUGUUACAUGUGUGCUUGGUCUCAUGUUCAUACGUGUCCGCGUUGUUGAGAAAAAUUAUGUCUUAAUAUAUGCAAAUUAUCUUCUAGGAACAACCGGGGCGUUAACGUUACACCUAGAGGCUCAGCUCUCUCUGCAACUGCCGCACCCUAUCUACUUUGACAGCGCCAGACAUUGAAAACAUCCUCACUCCUGGCCCUGUCAAUCAUAGUGGAGCGGGCUAUUGCAGAGAGAGCUGAGCCUCUGGGUGUAAAGGUAACGCCCCUGUUGCUCCCAGAGGCUCAUUUGCAUAUAUUAAAAUAUCCUUUUUCUGAGCAAUGCGGGCACAUACGAACAUAGGACCAACACAGAUGCCUUCAGCUUCCAAGUGCACAUGUAACAGGUCAGCCAGUGUCAUGGGUACAAAUCUCCCCAUAGAUGUCCUUUAAAUCGAAUUGUAGCUAGAGUAGAUUUCAGUCAUUAUUUACACCAGAAAACUGGCGUAAAUUAUGUAAGACCUGCCCACUCCCCACCCAUACCACUCCCCCUUUUUGGAAAAAGUGGCAAAACGGUGUAGAAAUGGCAAUUACAUACAGUUUUUUUUUUACCGUUCCUGCAAUUGUUUCCUCCAAUUAAAUCGUUAAGAUCGAGAGCGGUCCGUGGUAUGCCUGUUCAGAGCAGGAGCGCGCAGCAUCAUUGGUUGCUAUGACACCG